AUGGGUCCUUCUACUCGACUCGCGGACCGGGACGGACCUACGUCCCACGGAGAGACGACAACCAUUGUCUUCAUCGCAAGUAACGUCCGGCUGCCAAUAAACACCAAGGUGAAACUGCAAAAGAUAGACUACAGCACUUCCACAGGCGUUGGGCACAAAUACAUCUGUCCUGUCUUUCCAACUCAGCAGAAGCUGGAACGCCGGCUGCCUGUGGACCUGGUGACGCGGGACCGCGAGGUGCUCGCGGACACCUACAAGACCACCUCGGGCCUGGCCCACGACGAGAAGGAGCGCACGCUCGAGCCGGGGUACGCCGCCUUGACCCCCAACAACCAGCGCGUGGAGUACCAGAGGAAUCUCUGCGAGAAGUUGCGGAUCUCUUCAGCCAAACCUCUCAGGGCCAUUUACACGGAGUACAUUGAUUCGUAUAAGCCCAUCAGGCCAAUAACAUCUGUGGACACGACACCACCAAGCUUCUACGGCUACAAGGUCGGCUACAGCAUCCCCGUGCCGGACGGCCAGCCGGCGCCGGCCCUGGACCGGCGCAGUGUCGCCAGCCUGCUGGACCCGUACGUCAGCACGACCCACCUGGUCCACGGGCCGUUCAGCCCCGAGGACCUGGCGGGCAUCGCCCAGAAGGACGGCAUCACCCUCUGGAACCACGGGGACGACCCCCAAACGACUCGGACCAGCAUCGCAGAGCCGCUCAUGCUGCUGAAGAAGGAACCUGUGUACGAUCGCACCAAGUUCAAGGCAGUCGCGACCAACAGGACGGUGCCCCCUCUAGUCCGCCACGUGCCUAACAAGGGUCUGCAGAGCGAGGCCUCGGCUCGGUUCCGUCAGCCAGCCAGCUGUGCGCCACUCCGCGGCCCGGUGGGCUGCUUCCGUGCGGUGCCGCCCGCCUCGUCCGGGGAGAUCCUGGCAACCCCGGCGAUGUACCGCACCGAGUACGGCCACCUGGGCACCGGCUGGCCUGUGGCCGCAGUGGUGGAACCCCGCCCCCCCUGAGCCCAGCAGCCUUCCCCUCGACACAUCCACGUGGACAUUCACGACAAACCACUGGUGUACAAAAAUUGGGCUGGAUGAAAGAGGAUAACUCGGGAAACUGUUUUUACCUAAUGGUAGUUGACUCUACAAACAUGUAUGUUAAUUUUGGCCUGUCUUCAAUCAAAUGAUUAACUAUGAAAAUAUUUUGUGGCAUAAUAAAUGUUAAAAUCACCAACUA